AAGAGAAGGAGGCGGGCAGGCAGGCGGGCGCGGGGGUCGGGGACUGAGGCAGUAGAGAGGCGAGAGCCUGGCAGCCGCCUCGCGCUGUGUUUGCUGCGCGGGCUUUUGGAGGGGGUGGCCGUUGAGUCGGUCCAGGAGAAGCGGGCACCGGCGGCGUUGGUACUGGCGCCUGGGGGCGGGGGACUGGGGCGGUGAGAAGGCGGGGGUCGCUGCGGUGGUUCUCUCGCUGUCGCGCUCUCCCUGCCUUUCUCCCCGCUCGGUGGGCUGCCCCCCGGCGUCUCACUCGCCUCCGGGGCCCCGCUCCCCGCCCCCCGCGGUAUGUCUUGAUCCCGAGCAGCGGGUUUCAUGGGGCUCCUUAGGAUUAUGAUGCCGCCCAAGUUGCAGCUGCUGGCGGUGGUGGCCUUCGCAGUGGCGAUGCUCUUCUUGGAGAACCAAAUCCAGAAACUGGAGGAGUCCCGAUCAAAGCUAGAAAGGGCAAUUGCAAGACAUGAAGUUCGAGAAAUUGAGCAGCGACAUACGAUGGAUGGCCCUCGGCAAGAGGCCAUGCUGGAUGAGGAAGAGGACAUGGUGAUCAUUUAUAACAGAGUCCCCAAAACUGCAAGCACCUCCUUUACCAAUAUUGCCUAUGAUCUCUGUGCAAAGAAUAAGUAUCAUGUUCUUCACAUCAACACUACCAAAAAUAAUCCAGUGAUGUCACUACAAGACCAGGUACGCUUUGUAAAGAAUAUAACUUCCUGGAAAGAGAUGAAACCAGGGUUUUAUCAUGGACAUGUUUCUUAUUUGGAUUUUGCAAAAUUUGGUGUGAAGAAGAAGCCAAUUUACAUUAAUGUCAUAAGGGAUCCUAUCGAGAGGCUAGUUUCUUACUAUUACUUUCUGAGAUUUGGAGAUGAUUAUAGACCAGGGUUAAGAAGACGAAAACAAGGAGACAAAAAGACCUUUGAUGAAUGUGUGGCCGAGGGCGGCUCAGACUGUGCUCCGGAGAAGCUCUGGCUUCAAAUCCCGUUCUUCUGUGGCCACAGCUCGGAAUGCUGGAAUGUGGGAAGCAGGUGGGCUAUGGAUCAAGCCAAGUAUAACCUAAUUAAUGAAUACUUUCUGGUGGGAGUCACUGAAGAACUUGAAGAUUUUAUCAUGUUGCUGGAGGCAGCUUUGCCCCGGUUUUUCAGGGGCGCUACAGAACUCUACCGGACAGUAGGAAAGAAAUCUCAUCUUAGGAAAACCACGGAGAAGAAACUCCCAACUAAACAAACCAUUGCAAAACUGCAGCAAUCUGACAUUUGGAAAAUGGAGAACGAGUUCUAUGAAUUUGCCCUGGAGCAGUUCCAGUUCAUCAGAGCCCACGCUGUACGGGAAAAAGACGGAGACCUCUACAUCCUCGCACAAAACUUUUUCUAUGAAAAGAUUUACCCUAAGUCGAACUGAGUACAAGGUGUGACUGUUAGGUUCUUGAACUAAAACUUCGACCUUGUCUUCACCUCAGCCCCACAAGUCGGGUUGCUGAUAGGUGUGAGAGACAGUGUGUGUUGAGCCGAGUUAGGGAGCAGUAACACCCGGGAAGUAGAUGCUGGCUGGUAAGUUUCAGUGGCCUCAGAGGUUUCACUUUCAGCCUUUUUUCUUUUUCUUCCUCUUCUUUCUUCUUUUUUCCUGGUUCAAUUUUGGUGGGAGUUAUAACCUUCUGCCUGGAAAAAGCCUACACAUCACCUAAAAUUAACACAUAGCGGGUCUAAUUGGAGGCUAAAUACAAUUUCAAACCUAAGUUCUGAUAGUGUCUUUUGGACAAAACAUUUUUUCCCCAGCUAACCAUGAAUGAAGAUUAAUCCGCCUUCACCUGGAGGUUUUGGGUCAUACACUUCUACUGAAUAGUGUUACUGUUUGGCAGUGUGUGCUUUGUUUUUGUGAAUCAUGUCUCAUGCAAUUUAUUGGAAUGUUUGAUCCUCUUUGCUAAGAAUGUUUCUGCCGUAGUUGGAAUUGCCCACAUUUAUGUAGGUCGUUUUAAUAUUCUUUAAAAAAACUGAUCAUUAGUGUUAAAAACCAAUUUUAAAAGAGUCAAAGCAGUAUUUCUGAUUCAUGUCUUUCUAGUAUCUAAGACUGGGGAGACACUUCAAGGAAUGUUGACAUUGUCUGGAGUUUUAGUUAAGGCUUCCACACAUUCAUGUCAGAAAAGUAAGUUUAGUAUUUGUUCCUCCAUGGGUUAUUUGUAGAGCAUAUACUGACAUUUCGGUGAUUCCAUAUUAUAACUCCAUUAGUGAGCUGUGGUAUGGGUAGGAUUUUCCUACUUCUUCUGUACUUUUACUUGUAGACUAUUUUUACUAAGGUGCUUUAUAAUGUGUUUUAAAAGCAUUGCAUUUACAAAAAAAAAAAGAAAAGAAAGGAAAAUGCUGUAAAUAUUGCAUAUUUUAUGUAUUUGGACCAAAUGGUUAUAAGUUAAUUAGGUAAAAGUGGUUUUGCACCAGUUUUAUUAUGUCAAGUAAAAUCAUCAGACCUACUGUUCUUGUAGUUCUCAAUUAACUUUACUGUUAAACAUCACUGAAAUGGACUUCAGUAACCUUUCAAUUUUGAUACACAGAACAUUAUUCAUAAUUGGGGGCAGUAAUUCAAGUGGGAAGAGUACUAGCCAAGGAGUCAGAAAAUCUGAUUUCUGGUCCUGGCUCUGCCACUUAUCCUUAUCAGCUGUGUGAUCUUGGGCAAGUCACUUAACCUCUCUUUGCCUCAAUUUCCUCAUCUUGAAAUGAGGAGACUAAUACCUGCUGUACCUACCUCACAGGGGUGUUGUGAGGAAUAAACGAGACGGCACGUGAAAGCACUUUGGAAUCUGCUAAUGCGCUGUAGAAACGUAAGGGGUGAUGGAAACAUCGAUCACGUACAGUUCCGUACCGUUCAUUUUUUAACAAAGUAAGGGAAAAGUCCCCUUCUAAGCUGGUGGAAAAAAAAUGGUUAAUUUUGGUAUAAAUUUUUGUUUGAUAAAUAUCUUCUCUGUUUUAUCUUCCCUGUUUCAACAACUAUGGAAAUACAAAACACCUGUGAACUCUUAAAGAUUCAUGAAUAGCUGCUUGAGUUCAGGAGGUUCCCUGUUUGAAAAAGACUUCAUUAGCUGACUCAGGGCAGGAGAAAAUAUGCUCUUUAAAUUUGAGAGAAUGGUCUGUUUUUAUUUUACGUUACCAUUCAGAAGUGGUAGCUAUUUUGUACCUCUGGUUUUUAAGAUAUAUUUUGCAGAGUUUAAUUUCCCUGUACCAUCUUACCCUUCUUAGAAUAACAGAUAAAGUAUUUUAGGAAUAUUUUCUAAAAGAAUAAUCUUUACUAUGUUUAGUUUAAAUAAAUACUGUUCCUGAACAAGACCUCACCAAACUAGGUAAAUAAACAUUUUUAGGCAGGCUGCUUUAAAGGUUAUUAAUUGUAUGGGAGGUGAGGAGGGAGCAUGACUUACCAAAAAUAAACCCACCGAAUUUAAAGAAAAGCUGAAGGAAGUUGGCAGAAAGAAUCGUUUUAGUACCCACCCCACCUCCCCCGUAAUAGGAAAACAUUAAGAGAACAUCGACAGGCAUACUUUCCUUAUUUGGCUUUCUUUCGUGUGUGUGUGUAUUUAUUAACUUUUACGGAUAUUUAUUGAAAAUCUAUACAAAUUAUUCCCUCACCCAAAAGGCAAGCACCACUUCAAGGGUGGGGUGUUUGACAUUUAAUCUGCUAAGGAGCCCCUAGUAUGAAGGUUAUUCUUGGAGGACAUGCUAAAAUCUUGAGGUGCAUUAAUUCUUAGGAAACUAGAGUACACGUGGUGCCCUACAUCAUGGGUUCAGUAAACUCUUCCUACAAAGGUCCAGAGGGUAACUCUUCUAGGCGUUGCUGUCUAUACCGUCUCUUUCAAACUACUUAUCUCUGUCAUUUGAACACAAAAGCAGCUAUAGACAACACAAACAUGAGUGAGCAUGGCUGAUUUCCAAUAAUACUUUAUUACCAAGACAGGUGACAUGCCAGUUAGGGACCGUGGGUUGUAGUUUACCAACCCCUGUAAUAGAUCAGUAUAUAUGGAGACAUAAUUUUUUAAGUCCGUAUUCUAAAAGACAUCAUUUUUUAAGUCCAUAUUCUAAAAGUAUAUAAACUAAAAGAAUUUAUAUACUUCCAGAAGCUCCUAACUUAUAUCCAAAGAAUAGCUUUCUCAUUCAGGCGGUCUCUCCCACAGAUUCAUGAACUUUUAUGACUUAGAUUGCUUCCAGGUGGGCAUGUUUUCUUUCCCAGUUUAACAGUUCAUAAGAGAGGCAUGUAUUCUAUCAUCUUGCAGGAUGGGUUAGGGAGUAUCCUUCCUGGAGACGGAGAAGGGGUUAGAUUGAAUUCUUUCUGGCCCAGUACAGUCCUGGGAGUCUGAUGAGUGCAGAGUCCUCAUAAUACCUAACUUUA